GAACUAUCCGCAGCAGUAUCUGUGGAUCAGCCCGAGCGGCGUCGCAUCUCGAAAUCUCGCCAGUCCUUGGCGCGCGGAACGGUGUGGUCGUGCGCGUGCCCGAUUCGUCGCAAUUGGCGAGCACAUGCGCUAAUAUAAUCAUGCAUUCCGCAUGCAAUCGAGCCCGGAGACGGAAACCGAAGCCAGACAUCGGAAUGCAGUGAUAAUUUUGUGCCCGCCGUUUGCGGCCGCGGGUUAGUUCGCUCGACAACUGUCUUGUGAUGAAAAGUCCAAGCCCGGCCGACUGUGGGGAGGUAAAUAAGCUGGCCGUGUCGUCACCGGUAUUUACUAUUCCCCCAGACAACCAGCUAAACAUCGCUCCCUCCGCUCUGUCGAAGCGCAAAGAAAAGAAAACACCUGUUGCCCCCGAAUAUCGUCACCUAUCCUACCCCCACGUAAAAAUCAACCGGACCAUUCUGGCCUCGCCAUGGGCGCAAGCCCGCGCCUCCAUUGUCGUUCGCAGCAGCACCUUUCCGAUGCGCAAGUCCGUGUCGUCGGACGGGCUCAACGACAAGACGCGCGAGGAGCUGACUUCCAUCUGGCGCGACGGCCUCUCCUCGCAGCGCGCGGCAGUCGAGCAGCUGCGCCGGACGAUCUGCGAGAUGCUGCAGACGUCGGGCAAGACCGACGACGAGAUGGCGCAGGGCGUCCGCGCCGCCACCGCCGCGCUCAAUGCUGGCGCCGCGCAGGUCGCCGAUGAGACUACCGCGAAGGCGUUUGAGUAUAUUGAGGGCAUGAAGGGAGAUCAGGAGGAGAGGGACCGUUCUGCGGCACACUGCGCCGCGAUGUCGAAGAUGCUGGCGGAGGCCCUCAGCCCGGCUGUCGAUGCGAUCUUUGAUGGUGUUGCGCAGAUCGCGGAGAUGCUCGGUAAGGUGUGGGCGAUGAGUAAGCGCAUCGAUACGGAGAUUGGCAGUUCUUACGAUGCGACGCUGGAACGGAUGAAGUAGUCUUGUAUGCUUUUGUUCGGUUGAGAGUUCCGGCAUGGCGUACAUAUUAUUUCGAAUAUCUUCUUCGUUUCAGUCAUGAUGUGGUCGGUCGUGAUGUGGCGUCUGUAUGGGUGAGUUUGACGUGAGCCUUUGACGAACGGUAGUGUCGACACCGAGGUGUGAUCUCCG